CCGAGCUGUAGGCUGAGGCCGAACUCUUUGGUAAUGCCGAACUCAUACUCUUCCUUGGGCUUUGGGCUGAUGGGCCGUCAUUGCUGUUGGGCUUGUUUAGUACGCACCCCAUCAUGGCUCAUGCUGACGUGCUUCCAGACGUCGGUGAUUUCGUCAUCGAUGUUCCUGACGGCGAUGGCGAGCACGAUCGGAAUGCAGAUCGGGUGGGUGGAUUGGCGAUCGUGCCGGGACUGGUGUCGUUGAUCGUUGUGCCGUUUGUGCUGUAUGUUAUCUAUCCGCCCACGGUGAAGAGUAGUCCAGACGCGCCUAAGCUUGCUCGGGAGAAGCUCGCCGCCAUGGGACCUAUGUCCAAGAAUGAGAUCAUCAUGGCUGGAACUUUGGUGCUUAGGGUGGGGCUGUGGUAUGCUGGGUGUGGAUUCAGUGAGCGCCGCCAUAUUAGGACUGUCAGUGCUGCUUAUAACAGGGGUAGUGACGUGGAAGGCAUGCCUAGCCGAAUCCGUGGCUUGGGACACACUUACUUGGUUCGCGGCACUCAUCGCCAUGGCUGACUAUCUAAACAAAUACGGUCUCAUCUCAUGGUUCAGCCAAACCGUUGUUAAGUUUGUAGGCGGAUUGGGGCUAUCGUGGCAGCUGUCAUUGGAGCAAUGUUCACCGCAUUCUUGUCCGUAGCGACUGCCAUGGGUACACCGCCGUAUCUGGGGCCGUGCGUUUUGUCGUUCGUGUCGAAUCUCAUGGGCGGCCUCACUCAUCGGGUUCGGGCUACGUGCCCCUUGGCACUUGGUGGGGAUACGGAUUCAUCAUCUCCAUCGUCAAUCUCCUUAUUUGGCUCGAAGGCCAUCGGCCUCUGCUAGCCUCCUCCCUCAAUCAAGUGUAAAUUUUUGGAUAUCGGACUAAUAGAGUUUCACAAAUUUUGAUCACUCUUUUCAAACCGAUACAUACUGCUAUAGUAAACUAUAUUUCUCUCCAUAAAUUCGUAUUCAUGAUAAA